UGCAAUAGAUGUGUCAUACAUUUCAUUCGUCUUUACCGAAUGCGAACGGUUUAUUUUUGUAUUUAAGCUCCAUCAUGCGGCGAACAAUGACAUUACACAUUUAUCGUGUUCACUGACAGACUCUGACUCUAGUUUGAAAUUGAACCUUGAGUAAAUCAGCUGCAAACCUUUUUUUCUGUGUUUAUACAAUUCACUUUCGGUAUACUUCUGCUUGUGUUCCGAGCAAUAAUAACCAGCUAAUUUAGGUAUUUUUCGGGAGAAUUAUUCGCAUUAAAAAAAUGAAUAAAGUGCGAUUGAGGCUGCGUUAAAAUCGGAAAAUGUUAGUAAAAAAUUCGGCAUAAAAAUUGCGGAGAUGUGAGAGCUGGCCAAAUGUCAAUGGAGAGAAAGAAAUCCAUUCAGUCCAUAAACACUGGAUGAACGCACAAAAAAAAACUAGGGGGAAGAAAAUAGUAACAACAAGCAAGCGACAACAAACAAUUUUGUUCGUAUUUUUCUGGAAUUUAGCAUAAAAAUUGUUUGAAUCUGUGCGUCAAAAGGUGUUUCAACUUAGUUUUUACACUGCAAAUACACGAGGAGAGUGAAAAUUUUUUAUCACCGACAUCAAAUACAAGAAAGAAACAAAAAACAAUAUAAGAGGAACAACACAAAAACCUGAUUUUCUGAAAACAAAGUAAGCAGCUGAACAUAGUAUCAACCGAGAUGGAUUUCGUAAGUCUGUUCGAUCCGAAAGAUUCAAUCGAGUCGAACAACAACAAGAAGAAUGAUGGCUACAACCACAACAAGAAGAGUUUCCGCAAAGCGAAAAAGAAGGAUAAGGCUGCCAAGCUGCAGCUGCAACAGGACGACGAUGAGAGCAAUGCAAAUAUUGUGUUAGAUUUCGAACAAGGCAUUCUGCCACCUGAGCCUCAACUGGGCAACAUUGAAUAUAAGCUAAAGUUGAUCAAUCCAACAUCACAGCGCUUUGAACACCUGGUGACACAAAUGAAAUGGCGACUGAGGGAGGGCAAAGGUGAAGCAGUCUAUGAGAUUGGUGUUCAGGACUCUGGAUUCUUGCACGGUUUGAGUGAUGCUGACAUGGCAGCUUCAUUGGACACACUGAAGAAAAUGGCCAAUAAAUUGGGCGCUUCGACGACGAUACUCCGCCGCAAGACCGUUUCAUCACAGCGAUCCGUGGCAGAGGUGCUGGUUCGAAAGAUACCCGACGAUCAGCAUUCGAUAGAGGUUCGUGUUAGUGUGUUGGGCGGAGUGAAUGCUGGUAAAUCGACUUUGCUCGGUGUUUUGACACAAGGUGAAUUGGAUAAUGGACGGGGAUCGGCUCGACUGAAUAUGUUUCGACAUCGUCACGAAAUUCAAUCGGGCCGCACGUCUUGCAUAUCACACGAAGCAAUCGGAUUCGACACUGAAGGCAAUGUAAUUAAUUUGGCACUCGACAUGAUGACGGCAGAAGAAAUAAGUGAAAAAUCAAGUAAACUAGUGACAUUCAUGGAUUUGGCUGGCCAUCGAAGAUACUUGAAGACAACGGUACAAGCACUAACUGGAUACUCACCACACUUUUCAAUGCUAGUGGUUAGCGCUGAAGGUAUAAAUAGUAUGACUUAUGAACAUUUGGAUCUGAUUCAAGCACUGGAUAUGUCUUAUUUCAUUGUUGUGACAAAAAUCGAAAACACUUCCCCCGACGCCACGCUGACCAAACUGAAAUCGAUCAUUGCGUCGGUUGAGGGUCGGAAGAUGCCAUUUUUGAUACAAACCAAUGACGAUGUUAUCACGGCUGGUGCCAGACAAUUUCCCGAACAAAUCGUGCCAAUUUUCUACGUGUCUAAUGUGACUGGUGAAGGUUUGGAUUUGUUGACACGUUUCUUAUUUUUACUAUCGCCGGGCAUUAGCAAUGCAGAAAAAGAUCGCCUGGAACAAGAACCGUACGAAUUUUUAGUCGAUGAGAUUUUCAAAAUUCCUGGCGUCGGUUCAGUGGUUGGUGGAUUGCUCAUCAAAGGCGUUCUAACCGAAGACACACAGAUGCGGAUUGGACCAUUGCAAGAUGGCUCUUUCUAUCCGGUCACCGUGCAAUCAAUUCAUCGGAAUCGAGCCGCAUGCCGAAUGGUGCGCGCCGGCCAAAGUGGUUCGUUGGCUUUCCUGCAAGAUGAAAAUUUACCACCGCUUCGAUCUGGCAUGAUAUUGCUGCCCACACACAAAAAUGCAUCCAAUGUCGAUCUCGUCGAACCCUACGGAUCUUGGUUCUUCCAAGCUAAAAUCUCAGUUCUGUUCCAUGCGACAGCAAUUUACGAAGGAUUUCAAACAACCGUACAUAUCGGUAGUAUUAGACAAACGGCAGUCAUCGAAGGUAUCAUGGGAUGCGGCAAAAUUGGAACAAAUGAGCAGGCUUCCGUAUUGUUUCGAUUCAUGUGCCACCCUGAGUACGUGAUAUCUGGCCAGCGGAUAUUAUUCAGAGAGGGAAAAAAUAAAGGCAUCGGCAUCGUGACACAGGCAUUUCCCAUCAAUAAGCAACAAGUGGACUAAUUUCUCAAAAACGAAAGACGGAAUCUAGUCAAUUUGAUUCGUAUUCACUAUAGAACAAAAGCAACCGCAUGCAAAUUGCAUGAUGUAAUAUGAUCGGUUCCAAGAUAAGCAAAUGGCUUACGAUUGAAUAUGUUUUUGUAUUGUACAGCUGUGCUCAAAUCUCACUUACAUUAGAAGUGAUUGGUUUUUCGUUUCUCUUGACGAGAUGGAUUUAAGAAAAAAAAAUGAUGAUUUCAAAAAUAUUUGGACUUAUUAAAGUCGUAUUGUUGACGUCAUACAUUUUAUUUAUGGAAAUAACAAAUUAUAUUACUUACAUAUUUAUUUAAAGGAAAGGAAAAAAAACAGUUAUCUCAAGUAAUACGCUUGUGUAUGACUAAUAAUCAAUAUACCCUUAGUGUGCAUACACACUAUUUUGUCUCUCUCUACUUCAACAAUUCAAAUCUACUGACAACAACAAAAAACUAAAACUAAAAAAAAAACAAUAUGAAAUGAAUUUUUCUGUGAUUUUGAUUAAAUGUUUUAUUAAAAUGUGAACUUUUCCAUUCUAAA